GCAAACAUCUGCCGUCGGUCUUUUGCAGCACGAGAGGGGUGUCUUUCAUUCCAAGAUGGCCGCCAACAUUCCGGGCAUCAUUUCCAUGGUCUUCUUCUACGCACUGGUCCUCUGCAUCAGGAUCUGGGCGUCAGUCAGGUCCAGGAGGUUGAAGCGCAAGCAGAUGAGCGGCAUUCUGGAGAUGUCGUUGCUUACAAACCGUAACAUCAGCCUGCUGGUGGGGGUCUUCACCAUGACAGCCACGUGGGUCGGAGGCGGCACAAUUGUGGGUCUCGCCGAGAUGGUGUACACACCCUCCAUGGGCGUGGCCUGGGCUACCGCUCUCGUGCUGGGCGACAGCACAUCCUUUAUUAUUGGCGGGCUGGUGUUUGCUGGGCCGAUGCGCGCAACCCAAUGUGUCACCAUGAUGGAUCCCUUCCAGCGCAAGUAUGGCAAAGGCCUGACGGCCGUCUUCAGCUCCAUCUCGAUCUUCCUCGACGUCCUCUGGGUGCCCGGCACCCUCACCGGCCUGGGCGUGACCAUGAGCGUGGUCCUGGACAUGUCGUUCAGCGUGUGCAUCUGGAUCUCGGCUUGCGUGGCCAUCACGUACACGCUGUUGGGCGGCCUCUACUUGGUGGCCUACACCGACGUCAUCCAGCUGCUCCUCAUCUUCUUCAGCCUGUGGCUGUGCGUUCCGUUCGCGGUGUCCAAUCCUCACGUGGUACCCAUCGGUUCCACAAUGAUGAACAACACGCUGCACGCGCCCUGGGUCGGCGACUGGAACGUCAGCAACAUAUGGAUCCUCGUGGAUAGCUUCUUCAUGUGGGUGAGGGAGUUGAGGCACUCGCACAGGGACAAACACACAUGCACACACGCACACAAUCUCACACACGCACACACACACAUGCAAUGAGUGACUAACAUGCCACUUUUCCGGGCAUGCAAGGACUGAGGUGUGUGUGUGUGUGUGUGUGUGUGUGUGUGUGUGUGUGUGUGUGUGUGUGUGUGUGUGUGUGUGUGCGUGUGCGUGAGGUUGUGUGUGUGUGUGUGUUUUUUCUUUCUCUUCAGCCUUUUGCAGAACAUUUGCCAAAACAUGGUCGACCACCAUUGAUGAUGUCAGUUCCAAAUGACAUUGCAAAUCUCAUUGUGUGUUAUGCAGACGGCAUAUCACACAACGAGAUUUGCAAUGUAAGCUGCAAGGCACCUCCCAUGUUUACACUCGACACACAAGAAAGCUGAUUCAUAUUUCCGCCAUUUGAGGUGUCCGCAAAAGACAGAUAAACAACAAAAGGAAUAUGUGCAUUUUGUUUCCAAGACAGAACUACAAGUGGUGUUUUUUCUCCGCUUGUUGUUUGACUCUUACAUCAGCCUUGCACAUUGUUUGCCAAGUCAGGAGAAUUGUGGAGGGCUUUUCAAUCAAAGUGAUCGUUCUCCUCUGUGUACCAAAGGUUGGACAGAGUCAUGCUAAAAACAUACCCUCUAGACAAGCAAUGUUUGGCCUCUGUUUGCUUCUCUCAGCUCCCGAGGGACAUUUGGACAAACGUGUUGUUUUUAACAAGUGGUCUAAUUUGACAUCUUGUGAAUGAAGGAAGUAUCUACACUAUACAGUUAUAAUGAUGUGACAAUUAAAAA